UUAAAAGACAAUUUUUUUAAAUUUCAGAAAAUUUAUCUCAUUUUAAGAUGGUUCGGAAACUAAAAUAUCACGAGCAGAAACUGCUGCGAAAAGUAGAUUUUGUUUCAUGGGAAGCUUCAAAUAAUCUUCACGAGAACAAAAUUAUGAAGCGUUACUGUAUAGAUAAAAGAGAGGAGUACACCCUUUACAACAAGCUGUCAAGAGAAAUCAGAGAAAUUGUCAGAAAGAUUAAAGAUCUUGAUCCUAAAUCUCCGGACAGGGUUGAAAUGAGUGCUGCGUUCCUCGAGAAACUUUACAACAUUGGGCUCAUUCCAACAAAAUGGAAUCUAGAAAACUGUGAUAAGAUAAACGCCAGCAGCUUUUGCAAACGUCGACUUCCUGUUAUGAUGGUUAGGUGUAAAAUGGCCCAGAAUACCCGAGCAGCUGUGAAUAUGGUUGAGGCGGGGCAUGUCCGGGUUGGUCCAGAGAUGGUUCUAGAUCCGGCCUUCCUAGUUCCCAGGAAUAUGGAGGAUUUCGUGACUUGGGUCGACACCAGCAAGAUCAGGCAGCAUGUCCUGGAGUACAGGGAUCUCAGAGACGAUUACGAUGUACACUGUUGAUCAUCAUUUCCUCGCAUUUUUUAAAAUUUUUUCCGUUUCCUCGAGUUUUAUUAAAGUCCCGUGGGAGCAUAUUUUUUAAAUUUUCAGA